AUGGACAUGGUGUUCGAGGAGGUGCUAGACGAUCGCACUCUGUGUUACAUUGAUGAUAUCAUCAUCGCGACGGACACGGUGCCGGAGAUGAUGCAGCGGCUGGAGAAGGUCUUGCGACUGUGCAGAGAGAGAGGCUUCCAUCUCAGGCUAGAUAAGAGCGAGUGGCUCAAGCCCGAAGAGAGGAAGAUAGGUAACGUUCUCAAUGCCCCCGCCCCCACCUCAAGGAAGGAACUGCAGAGCUUCCUGGGAGCCGUUGGGUACCUACGACCCUUCAUCCCGCGGUUCGCCGAGUACACUGCCCCACUGUUCGAGUUGCUCAAGAAGGGCAGGCUGUUCGUCUGGUCAGAUGCUCGAGGAGAGGCGUUCAUGAGGCUGAAGCAGGCGGUAGCCGGGGCGUCGUUUCUCCACAGGCCGGUUCCGGGGGCGCCGCUCGUCAUCGAAACAGAUGCCUCAGAGGUUGGCAUUGGCGCGGUGUUGAAGCAGGCGCAAGAGGGCAGAGAGGUCCCGUUACAGUUCGCGUCCAAGAAGUUCACAGACGCGGAGAGAAAGUGGGAUACGAGAGAGAGGGAGCUCUUCGCCGUCAAGUGGGCUGUAGAGAAGUGGUGCGACUACGUAGCGCUCCAUCAUUUCACCGUACGCACAGAUUACGCCAACCUACGCUACCUUGUGGGGGUAGACAAAGGGAAGGUGUUCCGCUGGGCGCUGGCGCUCAGCAGGUUCAACUUCACCUUAGAGUUCCUGUCGGGAGAGAAGAAUAACAUGGCGGACUGGUUGUCGCGGUACGCAGCGGAAGACGAAGAGUGCGACGCAGAGAUCGAGGCAAUGGCCUUGGGCGGUAGAGUGAUAGGCCACAGUACCGGCAGCUGGAGCCGCAAGGAGUGCCUGGGGUGA